CUCUGCUCUGCCAUGAGUUCCAUCCUGACCUCCUCAGAGAUGCAGGCCUAUUUCCUCCUGUUUCCUCUUCCUCCGGUACCGCGGCCCCGCCGUGACAUGCUGUACUGGGUAUUUAUGAAAUAACCGCCCCUUUAAUCUCCCGCCCUGCUACCCCAGGGGAGAUCUGCACUCUAUAAAUCAUGGACACGCACACAUCAGUCCACAGGCCCAUCUCCGAGCGCUGAGAGAGGAGAGACUCAGACAUUGACCAUGGCCAGAACUGGGAUGCUGCUGCUACUCUUGGCUCAUUUCGUCACAUCAGCUCUGCUCAUCAACGUCACGCAGAUCAAAGUUUACCCUGAACGAGGCACUGUGUAUGGAGUGUUCCAAGCAUCGCUGUCCAGCGGCUACUCCUUCAACGCGUCCGUAGGGAGAGAGGUGUGUGACCGGCUGGGUGUGGUCAUGGCGGACAAGGCGCAAGUGGAACUAGCUCUUAGGCGUGGCUUCGAGACGUGCAAGUUCGGCUGGAUCGAUGAACAAGUCGCAGUUAUUCCCAGAAUUCAUUCCAAAGACUCCUGUGGCCAAGGCAAGGUUGGGAUUAUUACCUGGCGUACAAGUCUCGACAGACUAUUUGAUGUCUUCUGUUUCAAUUCAACAGAUUGCGAAGCUCAGGUGGACAUGUGGCACGAGACUCAUAGCAGCACCGUCACUCCUGCAGCACUUACAUCCAGGGGACAUCCGAAAUGGGCCAAAACGACUCGACCAGCGUCUCGGGAUAAUCUGCGAUCCGCUUCUAGCAGUGUUCCUGUCUCUGAAAACGACACGCCUGAAUCGCAGGCCUUCAGCAACACAAGCUCUACCAGUGCAGGCCUAGUUGUCCUCAUCGUUUCCUUGAUGACCCUCUUCGGUCUCCUGCUGCUCUCUGUGUUCUGUUACUACAAAAAGUACAUCGUGGGCCAGUGGAACAAAAGUCAUCAGAAAGAGAACAUGGAAACUAAAAGUUGUGGGAAAACUGGGAAGGAGGAGCCUCAGGCUGAGUUUAAGAAACAAUACAAAUCGACGUCCAACACAAACGACGUGAGCGUCACUAUCAAAGCAGAGAACAAAAACGAAGCAGCACCAUAAUCAGUCGUUGCACAUGCGCCAUCACUAUGAGCUCAGCAUCUGCUCUUAGGGCAUCAUGCAACUGGAUUUAUUUAUUGUUUAACUAAAAACAUUUUUUUAUUUUAUUUUCUGCUUUGAUGAUUUUUCCUUUUGUAUUGUAAUCUUUUAUAGUGAUAUUUUAUUAGUGAGUUUUGUAUUUUUAAAUAAACAUGACUUUUUGGCUCAGUUUGUAAAAAAAAAAAAAGAAGAAGAAAAAAAGCCAACUCCAGAAUUAUUGGAACGCUACGACAAUGAGCAAAAAAUGAGAAAUAAAUAUCAUGCGCGUUUUCAUUUAAAGCAACAGGAACAAACUGUUGCCUUUCUUUCAGAGUUUAUCAUAAAGCAGUGUAAAAUAUUCUCCAACAUAGAAGACUGUAAAUAUUUUUGAAACCUGCUUUUACGUUUGGUUCUACUUUAAAAUAAAUAUACUUUACACCAUUCUAACAAAUUUAAGCCAUUUUUUUUUUUAUGAUUCAUCUUUAAGGGGGUGCCAAUAAUUUUGGAGUUGACUGCCGGCGAAUGAGUGUUUCAGCUUCAAAAGAUUUCAGACGUCUUUUUCUUUUCCACCCUCCUAGAAAACAAUUUAUUUCUCACUAUAACAAUAUAAAGAUACAUUUGAUUCGAUUUUUUUCUCUCUCCCUCUCUCCAUACUAUUCAGGUAUUAAUAAAGAAUAACGUGCUAUAUAUCUUUAUA